UCCAGUUAGCAGUCAGCCUCAGUGGCUGCAGUAGAUCACAACAAGUACUGCGUCUGUUCCGUUCUAUAACAUUAGUCUGAGAAAAAUAUUAGACUUAUUAUAACGUCUGGAGAUUAGAAUAACAUCCGAUACACGGUAUCCCGAACUCAGCAUCUAAAGACACACAUUUUUAAUAGGAUAUAUUUUAAUUAGAAAACGUAUGACUUUAAAAUUUAUAUCUGGCUAUGAUAUGUUGCUAAAAUGAUCGACAGGAGGAAAUUAUUGUAUAAUGGGGAAAACAAAGAGAAUACCGAGGCCGUUUAUAAAAAUUAAGCGUCUUUUGAGGAAGAGAAAAAUGAUUCUACUGGGUCACGAAAUUAAGAAACAUGUACGAUGGAAAUGGGAACGAGACAAAAUGCACUCUAAUUUGGAGUCGAUCGCCACGAUUAAUCUUAACGCAUUAAAAAUUACAACUGAUGAUCCAGAAAUUUAUGUAGACUGUAUCAGAGGCAUGUCAACCGUAUCGAUUUACGAUCGCAAUUAUAGAAACCCGAUGCAAGAAAACAUUUCCGAAGUUUCCGUGCAUAUCAGACCCGACGUGACACAUAAAUUGAAUAAUUUGGGCAUCGGUGAUGAAAAUGAAUCAAAUUGUGACGCAAACCCACCGCAACAGGACAUCGAAUGCGAUAUUUUACAACAAACUUCGAUCCUUCGUAUAAGCGACAUUAACGAGCCAGAUAUAAACGAAAGAAUGAAAAAUAUUAUCGUGUCGGAGAAUGUAAAUAUGCAGUGAGACGAAUUUUCAAGAUUAGAAAAAAGAUAUUAUCUGCGUUUUUUAACGUAAAUACUCUAUAUUAAUCUCUCGUAUCAAUA